AUGUCUCGUCUCCUUACCUUAUCUCGUACCGCCCGCGCUGCCCCCGUCCCUCUUCGCGUCCCUCAACGACGCGGCGUCAUGAUGGGCGCAUCAGCUGCACACGCCCCAAAGAAAGAGGGCGACAUCUCGUCCGUCUUCGUCUCGCUGUCCGGCGAGACAAGAGAGCCUCUGCCAGACCGUUUCCGCCUCCUGAAACAACAUCUCGUGGCCGGGCGCGAGGACGCCGUGGUCAAGUCCUGGGGCAGGCUGCUGCGGUCGUUAAGAGAAGAGAACGGAUUGAUCGCCGCCAAGGGUCCCGCCAUCAUCCCCAGCAUCGAGUUCGACGAUCUCGACGGCGACAUUAACAGGUUAAAGGGCGAGAUCAAAAAGCGCGGCGCGGCUGUCGUCCGGGGCGUUAUUGACGAAAAAGAGGCCAGGGGAUACAAGGAAGAGGUCGAGGCAUACGUGCGAAAAAACCCGUCCACAAAAGCCUUUCCCGCCGACAACCCACAAGUCUACGAGCUCUACUGGUCCCACCCUCAGCUCAAAGCCCGCGGCCACCCGAACCUGCUCAAGGUGCAAAGGGCCCUCAUGCGUGACCUCUGGAACAAGUCCCCGUCGGCGGAAAUCUCCCUCCAGCCCCUCUCGUACGCGGACCGCCUGCGGAUCCGACAGCCCGGCGACGCGACCUUCGCACUCGGCCCGCACAUCGACGGAGGCUCACUCGAGCGGUGGGAGCGCGACGGCUACGGCAAGACGGGCACCUACGACGCCGUGUUCCGCGGGGAGUGGGAGUCGUACGACCCCUGGGACGUCAGCGCGCGUGUGCACGCCGUCCAGGACCUUUACAACGGCGCCGGCGCGUGCAGCAUGUUCCGCAUGUUCCAGGGGUGGCUGAGCAUGAGCGCGAGCGGCCCGCGGGAGGGGACGCUGCUGGUCAACCCGCUCGUGCAGCACACCACGGCGUACCUGCUCCUGAGGCCAUUUUUCCACCCGCUCAGGGAGGAUGUGGACGGAGAGGUGUUCUUGAGAGAGGACAACUGGGUGUUUACCGGCGGCGAGAGGAUGAUUUCGGAACUGCACGGCGCCACGCCGGGGCAUUGCCAGGAGUUGACAGAGAAGCUGCACCCUCACCUGGAGCUGGGCACGUCGAUGGUGCACAUGCCCAAGAUCAAACCUGGGGAUUUCGUGGUCUGGCACGCGGAUUCGAUUCAUGCGGUCGACCUGGUGCACGAAGGCAAGGGGGAUUCGAGCGUGCUGUACAUUCCCGUUUGCCCGCUUACGGAUCAGAAUGUCGAGUAUCUCAAGAGGCAGCGGGAGGCCUUCUUGGAGGGACUGCCUGGACCAGACUUCCCCGGUGGCAAGGGGGAGAGCGCACACGUCGGGCGACCUGGGGAGGAUGCUAUUGUUGCUCCCGAGGCAAGGAGGGCUAUGGGUUUGGCAAGACUGCAGGUGGCGGGUGAGGGAGAGGGCGAGAGGGCUCUGAUCGAAAGAGCGAAUCGGUAUUUGGGUUUCUGA